AUGACUGAUACUCCAGGUGCCCAGGCACCAAUGUUUCUCAUAUUUCUCAUCAUAUAUCUUCUCACUGUUUUGGGAAACCUCAUUAUUGUGACUGUUAUUUGUAUGAAUCCAGAACUGCACAGUCCUAUGUACUUUUUCAUCUCCAAUCUCUCAUUCCUUGAUCUAGCUUACUCUUCAGUUACUCAGCCCAAGCUGCUCUCCAUCCUCAUAACAGGCCCAAGUGCGAUCUCUUUUCCUGGCUGCAUUGCACAACUCUAUGUAUUUAUGUCAUUGGCCUGUACGGAAUUUGUUUCAUUAACAGCAAUGGCUUAUGAUCGCUAUGUUGCAAUUUGUAAACCUUUACAUUAUUCAGUUCUAAUGAAGAGAAGAGUCUGCUUACAAUUGGCCAUUAUAUGUUGGGUGGUGGGAUUCCUAGAUCCACUAGCUCACACUGUGGUCAUAUCAAAGCUACCUUUUUGUAAACCACCUAUCCUGAAUCACUUUUACUGUGAUCUGUCACUGUUGCUCAGUCUAUCUUGUGAUGAUAAACUAUUUAUUGAAAUUCUGACUUACGUAGUUGGCUCAGUGGUAGCUCUUCCGGCUUUUUUUUGCUGA